CCGGAUCGCCUUUGCUUCUCAAGAGUCCCGCUUGUCAUAAAUGACCAGGCCGAUUAAUCUAUCCGAAUGGGGAACGCACUCCCUUGCACCGUGCCGAUACGCCUUUCCAAAGUCUAAUUUGGGUCUGCAAAUGCCACUGGAUAAUCGAAGGCAGGGUCAGAGGCUACGAGUACUUCUUGUGCAGGGCUACCCUGUCUCGGGGGCGGCGAUGGUCCCCAUUCGUUACAGCGGGCGAUGGCAGGUGGGGGUGCGAUAAUUGUUUCGCAACUACUGAUAAAUAUCUGUGGCUACUGGUUGGCAAUUGCCCUGUUCUGUAACGCUAUGAUGCUUCAACCAUACUGCACUUACCUUAGUGACACUCAUCCAGACAGAUAGAGCGGCAUAACUCUGAUUUUUCGUGGGGCAAUAUUGCAAAUGUACUUGUACUGUAUAGUACAUCCUCGGUCGAUGGCUUUUGAUUAGAAAAAGCCCUUUCUUGCGAGACCCCGCUGCUGCGAUGCGGUGGAACCCAUGCGGUCUGUACCAUACUGUACCAGUACUUGGAAGGCUUGCUGCGGGGGAGCUGCGACGCCGGGGUAUUGAGUCAGUUGCAAUUAAAACUUACACUAAAAUGGGAUGUCUGAGCGCACCUUGGUACCGGGCUCUUCUCACUCUCCUCAAAUUGAUCCGCGCACAUCCUCAAGCAUCUGUACAAUUACCCCGGCAGCAAGACUGGGGGCUUUACUCGAAUUCAACAAAGCGCCUUGCCCUUUUCACGGCCUUGUUGGCAGGGGCGGGUAGAUGGUCAAGGACCCGGUCUCGGGGAUGCGGUGUUGGCAUAUCGGGUCGAGCAUAGGUUACGACCUAACUUGCUAUGUGUGUUUUGGUGCGACCAUGAAAUGUGCUCCUAUGAAGACCGUUCCACAACAGCCUCGUACGAGUACUGUACCGUACUAGCAUGCAGGGUGGAAUCCUCUACUGUACGAUAACCGGGUUGUGGCAUCCAACUCCAGCCGCUGUUGUAUUUGCCCUACUUGCUCCCAGGGGAUUGCCCAUUCCGAAAAGUGGAUGGGUGGUGGUACAGAGCCCUGGUCUCAGGGGGGGGGGCAACCCGGGAAUGGUCAUUUUGUGGGGGGGAAGCUCCAUGUUUCUUUCCCAUUCCUCUCCGCAGUGUGCACCCCCGUUGAAUUUUUUUUCUUUUUUUUCCGCUCUGGAGACCCAAGAUUUGCAUCUUCUGAAUCCUUUCAUCCGGGACCUAUAA